UUUAUUUUGAGCUCUGCGCUCUAGUCUCUACUAGUUUUGAAACUAAUUAAACCCCACAACUAACGUUGUGUCAAAAUGGCUGCAUCGAGAAGGGUCUAUUAAGUCUUUUCUCGGGGGGCAAUGAAAAGGACAUAAAAUGUAUGCAGUUUCUAUGGCAACAGGGAAGACGCUGCUUGGCCACGAUAAACCGGAUGUGACGUAGGGUGAGGACGCCGAAGUUUUUGAACCGUUUUGAGCGGCGAAAUCAGGGCUGGACACCAUGAGUAAACGCGAGGACUCAUGGGAGUGGCUGGACACUGAGUUUGACAAUUUUCUGCUGGACAUGAAGCCAUACGUCCUGAAGCGACCCAACAAGACAGAGCGGCAGCAGUGUGUCAUAUGGAUAAAGAAGCUGUGUGACCCGGCCACGUGUGCUUCAGGUCUGAUUGGUCGUAAGAACCGCAACCUGUAUGCCCGUUUGCUUCUUCACAUGCUCAAAAGAGGGGUCCUGGAGGGGCCUUUCACCAGCAAACCAGAGCCCGGCAGGCUCAAGACGCUCCCUACCUACAUGUCAAUCUACUUUGAUGAGGCACUGGUUGGUCGGUCUGACCACAGCAAUGCGGGUCUGCCUGACUGGGUGACAGGAGAGCUGGGAGGCUAUACUGACGACAGUUUUAGUGUUGGCCUGCUUAAGGACAGAAUCAGUUCCACCCCUGUUGCAACUCAUCACAGCUCUUCCAGGAGAAGGCUGUAUGAUGAGAAGUCUCCAUCACAACCCAUGGCCUCCAGUCCACUCAAACAAUCGCCCAGAUAUGAAGCCACAAGGGUGGAGGGGGGGCUGAAGGCAGAUACGUCUCCCGAUGACAGUGACCUGGAGGCUCGUCUCAACAGCUGGAACCUGGGGAUUGAAAACCCCAGGUAUUUGCGAGAGAAGCCCAUUCCCUUGUCUCCAAUUUUCAAGUCAAGCUUUGGAAGGAACAACACCUUGGCUGACGAUCAGGGCCCACAACUUGUCCAGAGCAAGGAGAUUGAGAUGAAAAUCAAAGUACAGGAGUCCAAGCACCAGGAGGAGAAACUGAAGAUGCAGCAGAGACACGAUGCAGAUGUUGAAAAAAUUCUGGACCGAAAGAAUGGUGAGAUUGAGGAGAUGAAGAGCAUGUACCGGGCCAAGCAGAAGGAAUCAGAAGAGAUGAUCUGUAAGCUCGAGAGGAAAGUUCACAGUGUGCUGCGGGAAUCCCAGGUCAUCUGCGAGAGCAAAGAGAAGCAGAUUGCCGAGCUGAAGAAGAUGUCGGAUCAGAGCACAGACUCCCUGAAAAACGAGUGGGAGAAGAAGCUUCAUGCUGCUGUGACGGAGAUGGAGCAGGAGAAGUUUGAACUGCAGAAGAAACAGACCGGGAACAUCCAGGCACUGCUGGAGGACACCAACCUUAGAUUGGCUAAGAUGGAGGCAGAGUAUAAUGCUCAGUCACAGGCCACCGAACAAACGGUGCGUGAGCUGGAGCUGCGGGUGAAACAGCAGUCCGCGGAGGUGGAAAAGGGCAAUGCACUGCGUCAGAAGGUGACGCAGGAGAAGGCCCAGCUGGAGAUCCACAUUGCAUCCAUCGGCGCCGAACUUCAGGAGGCCAACAGACGGACCAUGAUGCUGCAGAAGGAGAAGGAGCAGCAGAGCGAGCAGCACGAGCAGACCAUGCAGAAGCUCCAAGCCAAACACGAGACUGACAUGAGUCACUUGUAUCAGGAACAUGCUCUGUCCGCUGCUAAGGCCUCUGAGGUAAUGGAAGACUUGGAGAAAGCUGUGGCUCAUCUCAAACAGCAGCUGCAGGACAGUGAACAUCGAAGACACCAACAAGUCAGGGAUCAAGAGAUGAAGUUCCAGCAAGAAAAAGAUGAGCUGCAGAUCAACUGUGAGAAAAAGGUUUUAGCAAUCCACUGCGAAGCAGAGAAAGAGAAAUCAGAGGCGAAGAGGAAGAUGGCCAAACUAGAGGAUGCACUCAGGGAGCUGGAGAGCCAGUUGGACAGAGCCCGGGAGAGCCAGAGGCAGCAGAUCCAGCAGGCAGAUACGGCACUGGAGCAGUUCAAGAAACAGGUGGAGCUCAGCUCCGAGAAGACCUAUGCUCACAUGAAACUCCAGAUGGAGAAGGUCGAGGAGGACAUGAUCCGCUCCAAGUCCCUCCGACAGAACCAGGCCAAAGAGUUCUCCCAGCAACUCAAGUCACUCAGACAGAAGUAUGAGCAGCAGAUGGCUGAGCAGCGCGUGCAGCACGAGCAAGAGAGGACGCGGCUACAGCAGCAGCAUAGCGCGGAAAAGGACAACCUGGUCCAGGAGCGCCAGCGGGAGGUGAGCAGCCUGGAGAGACAGGCCAGGGCCGCCCUGCAAAAGCACCAACAGCACACCCAGGAGUGGAGGAAGCGCGAUGCCCAGACAAUUUCAGAUUUGGACGCUCAGUUGUCGAGUCUACGUGAUGAACUCCAGGGGGCCCAGGUCCAGCACAAGCAACAGCUUACAGAGCUGGCGUUGCUUCGGGAGGAGGAAAAGCAAAGGGCUUUCCUGGACAAGGAGGCAUCACUGGACCGGCUCCGCUCCGACAUGGAACGCAUCCGCAGCGACCUGGAGGGGAGCCACCAGCAGGCGAGGGACGCUGCUCAGGAAAAGACCAACAGCAGGGUGAAGCAGAUUGAGAAGGAGUACAGUCAGAGGCUCACCAAGUCUGCCCAGCUGAUUGCGGAGCUGCAGACGUCUGUUUGUGACUCGAAGGAGGAGGCUGUUCGUCUGCAGCAGGCGAUGGCGCGGCAGCUGGAGGAGGCCAACGCUCGAUGGGAGGAGGAGAGGAGGAUGAUAACUCACCACAGCCAUCAGGCCAACAAGGCUCUGCAGGAAAAAGUGGAAGGUCUACAAAGGCAACUGCACUGCUCCGAGAGAAGGGUGCUUAGCAAAGAGCUGGAGACGGAAGAGAAGAACCUCAUGGAAGGCUUGAUCAGCGGUACUGUUCAAAGGCAUCCAACAUCUGUCCUAAUAGCUAACGUAUGUUUCCCCAACGGAAGUGUUGUUACAGUAAAACGCUGCUGCUUCCACCCACGCACAUUGCAUAGUAAACCAUGGCUAAGGAAUUGCUGCAAACUGCGUUGGUCUACUACUUUACAGCAAGAGCUGAGAUCUGUAACAUGCCUUACGGUUAAAGUUGACUGUGGUGCGUCAGGAGUACGAGGAGCAGAUCAAGGGUUUGAUGCCGGCCGAGCUCCAACAAGAACUGGAGGACACCAUCACCUCCCUCAAGGCUCAGGUCAACUUCCUACAGAAGAGAGCGUCUUUGCUACAGGAAGACCUGGAUGCCUGCCGCACUAGGAGGUGACGAUGGAGGAACCACAGCCUCACCCCGCGCCGGGACAUGGAGGAGGAGACGUCCAAUCAGGUGUGAGCAUUAAGUGAUUUACACGCCUGUCAUGCCAGUGGACCAGUCACCUUUUAGUGCCGUGUGCUGUCGCCUCACAUGGUUUUUAUCAUGUCAACUAUUUAUUCAUUGUUGGAUUUUAAUUUUGUAUUAUUAAAAAAGUAAUAUUUUUAUGUUCUCAACUGUUUACAUCGUUAUUAAUAAUGAAUAGACAGUUAAUAUCAUUUGCCAUAUUCACACCGAGGUGCAUUAUUUUAAUAAAAGACUUUUCAAAGACGUCA